AAAAAAAAUAUUGCAACACACACACACUGAACCGAUCAAAAAUCACAUCAACGUUCUAAUUUACUAAAUUUACUUAAAAAAUUUGAUCAAAAAUCUUCAAUUAUCUUCUUUGCAUCUCAUUUCUCGCUGAAUUUUGCCAAUUUCGCAUCAUGUCUGACGAAGAAUACGACGCCAAUGACGCUGGCGAAGAUUACGACGAAAUGGAAGACGGCGACUCUCAAGACGAGCCCGAAGAGGAAGGCGAUCAAAUUGAAGUACUUUAUCAAGGACAAGGCGAAGGUGCAGUGCCCAAAAACAAAAGAAUUUCCACGCCGUACAUGACAAAAUAUGAACGUGCUCGCAUUUUGGGCACACGAGCGUUGCAAAUUAGCAUGUGUGCUCCCAUUAUGGUCGAGUUGGAAGGAGAAACAGAUCCGUUGCAGAUUGCGAUGAAGGAAUUGAAACAACGGAAGAUUCCUUUGAUCAUCCGGAGAUACUUGCCAGAUCGAUCGUACGAGGAUUGGAGUAUUGACGAGCUGAUUAUCAUUGAUCAUUAACGUUUUUUUAU